AUGCUCAGAAAAUGUCCUCAACAUGGCAUAGAGGAUUGGUUUCAGGUUCAACUAUUCUACAAUGGGCUCAAUGGUCCAACGAGAUCACAUAUUGAUGCCGCAUCUGGCGGAACCAUUUUAUCAAAGACACCAGUGGAAGCAUUAAUCUUUUUUGAGGAUAUGGCCAUGAAUAAUUGUCAAUGGCAGAGUGAGAGAUCGAUGGUUAAGAAGGCAGCUAGGGUUUUUGAAAUAGAUCAAAUAACGUCAUUGAUGGCGCAGAUGUCUGCUUUGACUAAUCAGAUUAAGGGUCUCACUGAAAAUAAAGUAGCGGCAAGUCAAGAAAUAGUAAAUGUGGCACAAGCUUAUAGUUUGAAUGGGUUGGUGGAUGAACAAUGCCAAUAUGUCAAUCAAAACUACAACUUUAGGCCCAAAAACAACUUGCCCACAUACUACCAUCCUGGCCUUUGUAAUCAUGAAAUUUUUUCCUAUGCCAACAAUAGAAACAUUCUCCAACCACCUCAAGAGCCACCUAGAAAAAUAGGGGAGAAGCCUUCACCAUCACUUGAAGAGUUACUGAAGACUUACAUAGUUGACUCCAAGGCAAGGCUAGAUCAACAUGACACUCGUCUCAACAAUAUUAAAACACAUUGUACUAAUAUGGGAGCAACGAUGAAGACAUUGGAAACACAGGUGGGUCAAUUGGCCAAUACCAUGAAGACUAAAAUGUCUAGAUCUUUUCCAUGUGAUACGGAGAAGAAUCCAAAAGAGUGUAAUGCAAUUACGUUGAGGAGUGGAAAAGAAUUAGACACUCCUACAGUUGAGAAGAAAAAAGUUGAAGAGAUCCCAAUGAAUGGUGAGAAAGAAGAAGACAAGCAAAAUGAGGGGAUUCCGAAGAAAGAGCCAUUGGUGGCUAAUCCAGGUUCAAUUACUUUUCUGGACAGCCCACCCAAGAUUACUACUCCAUUACCAUUUUCUCAAAGAUUUCACAAGAAGGCAAUUGAUAAACAAUUUGAAAAGUUCUUGAAUAUUUUCAAGAAAAUACAUAUUAAUAUUCCUUUAGUAGAUGCCCUUGAACAAAUGCCAAACUACGCUAAGUUUAUGAAGGAGGUGAUGCCUAAGAAGCAUAAGUUAGAGGAUUAUGAAACAGUGAAGCUAACGGAAGAAAUUAGUGCCAUUAUCAAGAGAUAA